CUUUAACAAAGUCCUCCUCUCUUUGCUCCCUCCCACUUCAUUCACUUGCAAAUCAGUGUGUGCCCACAAGAGCCAGCUCUCCCGAGCCCGUAACCUUCCCAUCCCGAGAGCUGCAGUUUCAGCCGCGGCGAGCAAGAACGGCAGCGCCGUGGACCGCGGCGGCGGAGGCGGGAGCAGCCUGGGCGGGUCGCGGGGUCUCCCCGGGCGCAGGAAGGCGAGGAGAGAUAUCCUCUGAGAGCCAAGCAAAGAACAUUAAGAAAGGAAAGAGGAAUGAGGCUGGAUACAGUGCGGUGAGAGAAGCACUUCCAGGAGAAGGGGGCUCCCUCUGCAGAGACUCGACGGUGCCAUCAGAAUGAGAACUUACCGGUACUUCUUGCUGCUCUUUUGGGUUGGUCAGCCCUACCCAACUUUCUCAACUCCGUUAUCUAAGAGGACUAGUGGUUUCCCAGCAAAGAAAAGAGCCCUGGAGCUCUCUGGAAACAGCAAAAAUGAGCUGAGCCGUUCAAAAAGGAGCUGGAUGUGGAAUCAGUUCUUUCUCCUGGAGGAAUACACAGGAUCCGAUUAUCAGUAUGUGGGCAAGUUACAUUCAGACCAAGAUAGAGGAGAUGGAUCACUUAAAUAUAUCCUUUCAGGAGAUGGAGCAGGAGAUCUCUUCAUUAUCAAUGAAAACACAGGCGACAUACAGGCUACCAAGAGACUGGACAGGGAAGAAAAACCUGUUUAUAUCCUUCGUGCUCAAGCUAUAAACAGAAGAACAGGAAGACCCGUAGAGCCUGAGUCUGAAUUCAUCAUCAAGAUUCAUGACAUCAACGACAAUGAACCCAUAUUCACCAAGGAGGUUUACACAGCCACUGUCCCCGAAAUGUCUGAUGUUGGUACAUUUGUUGUCCAAGUCACUGCAACUGAUGCUGAUGACCCAACAUAUGGGAACAGUGCCAAAGUUGUCUAUAGUAUUCUACAGGGACAGCCCUAUUUUUCAGUUGAAUCAGAAACAGGUAUCAUCAAGACAGCUCUGCUCAACAUGGAUCGAGAAAACAGGGAGCAGUACCAAGUGGUGAUACAAGCCAAGGACAUGGGCGGCCAGAUGGGAGGAUUAUCUGGAACCACCACAGUGAACAUCACGCUGACUGAUGUCAACGACAAUCCUCCCCGAUUCCCCCAGAGUACAUACCAGUUUAAAACCCCUGAAUCAUCUCCACCGGGUACACCAAUUGGCAGGAUCAAAGCCAGCGAUGCUGAUGUGGGAGAAAAUGCUGAAAUUGAGUACAGCAUCACAGAUGGAGAGGGGCUGGAUAUGUUUGAUGUCGUCACUGACCAGGAAACCCAGGAAGGGAUUAUUACCGUCAGAAAGCUCUUGGACUUUGAAAAGAAGAAAGUGUAUACCCUCAAAGUGGAAGCCUCCAACCCUCACGUCGAGCCACGGUUUCUCUACCUGGGGCCGUUCAAAGACUCCGCCACAGUUAGAAUUGUGGUAGAGGAUGUAGAUGAGCCUCCUGUCUUUAGCAAACUGGCCUACGUUCUACAAAUAAGAGAAGACGCUCAGAUAAACACCACGAUAGGCUCAGUCACAGCCCAAGAUCCAGACGCUGCCAGGAAUCCUGUGAAGUACUCUGUCGAUCGACACACAGAUAUGGACAGAAUCUUCAACAUUGAUUCUGGAAACGGUUCAAUUUUUACAUCGAAACUUCUUGACCGAGAAACACUGCUAUGGCACAACAUUACGGUGAUAGCAACAGAGAUCAAUAAUCCAAAGCAAAGUAGCCGAGUACCUCUAUAUAUUAAAGUUCUGGAUGUCAAUGACAACGCCCCAGAAUUUGCUGAGUUCUACGAAACCUUUGUCUGUGAAAAAGCAAAGGCAGAUCAGUUGAUUCAGACCCUACGUGCUGUUGACAAGGAUGACCCUUACAGUGGACACCAAUUCUCAUUCUCUUUGGCUCCUGAAGCAGCCAGUGGCUCAAACUUCACCAUUCAAGACAAUAAAGACAACACCGCAGGAAUCUUAACUCGGAAAAAUGGCUAUAGUAGACACGAGAUGAGCACCUAUCUCCUGCCUGUGGUCAUUUCAGACAACGACUACCCAGUUCAAAGCAGCACUGGGACAGUGACUGUCCGGGUCUGUGCAUGUGACCACCAUGGGAACAUGCAGUCCUGCCAUGCCGAGGCGCUCAUCCACCCUACGGGACUGAGCACGGGGGCUCUGGUUGCCAUCCUUCUGUGCAUCGUGAUCCUACUAGUGACAGUGGUGCUGUUUGCCGCUCUGAGGCGGCAGCGAAAAAAAGAGCCUUUGAUCAUUUCCAAAGAGGACAUCAGAGAUAACAUUGUCAGUUACAACGACGAAGGUGGUGGAGAGGAGGACACCCAGGCCUUUGAUAUUGGCACCCUGAGGAAUCCCGAAGCCAUAGAGGACAACAAAUUACGAAGGGACAUUGUGCCCGAAGCCCUUUUCCUCCCCCGACGGACUCCAACAGCUCGUGACAACACCGAUGUCAGAGAUUUCAUUAACCAAAGGUUAAAGGAAAAUGACACGGACCCCACUGCCCCGCCGUACGACUCACUGGCCACCUACGCCUACGAAGGCACCGGCUCGGUGGCAGAUUCCCUGAGCUCGCUGGAGUCGGUGACCACGGAUGGAGAUCAAGACUAUGAUUACCUUAGUGACUGGGGACCUCGGUUCAAAAAGCUAGCGGAUAUGUACGGAGGAGUGGACAGUGACAAAGACUCCUAAUCUGUUGCCUUUUUUCAUUUUCCAAUAUGACACUGAGAUAUGUGAAGUGGCUAUUUCUUUAUAUUUAUCCACUGCUCCGUGAAGGGUCCUCUGCUGUAUCCGUUCCACAGACCAAUGGCUGCCGUCCGUGUGGAUCCAAUGUUAAAGACUUUUUUCUAGUACAAUUUUAUGAGCUUCCAAGAGGCAAAUUUUUAUUUUUUAGUGCAUCCAGUUAAUCAAGUCAGCCCAACAGGCACGUGCCAGAGGAGAGGACAGAGAGCAGUGUUUUCACUUGUUCUCUUAGGGCCUCAUGCUCAUUGCCACUGGCCUGGUGGUUAACUACACUCCAUGGACCCUGGUCAGCUGCCUGCUCUAACUGUACGUUUCACAUGCUAAUGGGAUAAGGGAUUGUGCUUUAAAGAUAAAAAUGUAAUCUUAGCGAAAGAAUUGAGGGUGUAUCAGCUCACAAGGAGAUAAACUACAUAUAUAUAUAAGGGUGUGUAUUUCCGACAUAGAGAAUUUAAAAUGACAUUUGCCAAUCCUGUUUUUUCUUCAAGAACUUUCUCUGGCACCGACUACUAUUCAAAACAUCAAACCCAUCAGUGUUUUAAAAUUCGUAUUACUUUUAACGAAUAGUAGCAAGUUAAAUAGUAAUGUCAGCAACAAACUUAAUGAGACUUUAUUCCUUGCCACGAACUCAUAAUUUGUUACUUCCUAGACUAGCAAUGCAAACGUUUGCCUUUGUAUCAAAUCAAAGAAAAGGGAAAAUAACUAAUAAUGUUAACAGAGGAACUAUUUUUAGCAUACGUUAAAAGUUUUGGCCACCAAAUGUAUCACGGACCACUUGAAAGUCUUCCAGUCAUCAGUAGGCUCGUGACAAAUAAGUCUAAUUGUUUAAAAGUUCUUGAAAUAAUUCUUCUGAGACAAAUUUUAGCUCCUUAUCUGUAGUUGUUGUCAACAUUAUUAUCCUAUAUGAAAGCAGUAGUGUAAAAUACAAUAAUUUAUAUCCUUCAGAUACUUCUUACACACUUAAGUUGAAUUAGUAAAGUAAGAUUAAAUAAAAUUUAAAUCCCACUCUCAGUAGUCAAUGGAAAGGUGACAGCCAGCCAUACUUGAACUGAAUACCCUGCCCUUCACAUCUGGAAGCUUCUAUGUGUUUAUAUAAUGUGAUAAAUAUUCACAAACAACAUGGAGAUCAUGAUGACAACUUACAUAUUCCAUGUUUGGAAGACGCUUACAAAGGGAAAAUUUCCCUUCAACAAAGGUGUUUAAGAUUGUAAUUAAAAUGAUAGUUGGCUUUCCAAAGCAUUAGUAUUUUCUCAUUGCUUUUACUUUGCUUUCAUGACCACCCUGCCAUCUUUGUCUUUGAACUAAUGAUAAAGUAAUGGUCUCAAACUAUGACAGAAAAGUAAUGCAAAAUCUAUCCAAUCUAUUAUUUCUCUAAUUAUGCAAUUAGCCUCAUAGUCGGUUAUUAUACAGAGGAUCCAACUGAACCGAACUAAUCCUUCUGGCAGGUUCAAAUCAUUUAUUUCAUACGACUGUUCUAAUGACCCUUAUCAUUAGAAUCUUACAUUAUGCAGUCAUCAGAAUUUCCAAAGUACUGUAAUGAAAACAUACUUGUUUUGAAACACUAAAAGACAGGUUCUGUGUAUAUAUAUAUAAUAUAUAUACUUAAGAAUAUACUGACUUCACGUAUUAGUCUUAGGGAUUUAUUUUCGAUUAAUGUUAAUUUCCUACAGAUAA